AUGCACGUUAGUCUAGUUAUUUGCUUGGCUCUGUUCAUUGCCGUGGUUAACUGCGCUCCAGCACAAACAAGUAAAGCACGAAAACCUCAAUCUGCGUACGCAUAUUUGCGUUCGGUUCGAAGCAAAAAUUCAUGUGCUAGUGGAACAUGCGCCUUCUGGGAACGACAUGGCCGUUCAUUCGCCGCACUUCGAUGCUACUCACAACAGUAUAAAGAAUGUGUUUGCCUUCAUCGCAUGUGUUUCAGUUCGUGCCUGUUUACACGUCAACAAUGUAAUUCCGAAAUGGUUAUAUGCUUGAAACAAAUAUGUCCACGAUGCAUGCCUGCAUCAUCAUCAUCUAUGUGUCAAGUAUACGAUUCUAUGGCUGAACGAGUAGCUGACGCACUCUCAGUCUUUUCUUGCUAUGCAUGCUGUCCCAAUCUUGUUAAUUCACCUUUGAAUAAUACCAAUAAUGCAGGUGGUAAUUUAAUAACAACAACUCCAAGUGUCAAUGGUGGAAAUGUACCAACUGGAAAUACAAAUAACCCAGGAAAUGUUGGUUCAACAACUCCAGUUCCAUCGAAUGCCGGUGCUGGCACAAACAACGGUGGUUCAAAUGCAGCGAACGGUGCACGCCCAAAUAAUACUAAUGCUGCACGUCCAAAUAAUGCCAACGGAAAUACUGCUAACUUUGGUGGUGUCAUUCCUGGUAGUGGCCCAGCUAACAUCGGCCCUAAUUUACGAAACAACAGCAACACUGCUAACAAUGCAAAUGUUAGACCUAACCAAAAUCAAAAUCAAAAUCAAAAUCCCAAUCAACAAGUUCGACAAGCAACUCGAGCAGUAACAAAACGCACGGUUACAACUCGUCGAAAAACGGUUACUACCCGUCGACCAGCAACAACCACAACACGUCGUAGUAAUACCAACAAAAAUACGACCGGUAAACCCAUCAAAGCUCAGAAGCAGCCACAAUUAAGCAACUAG